AUGCUGUUUUUUGUGUUUCUUUCCCUUCUUUGUGCUGGAGUGUCAACUGCUUCAGAUCAGAGAACGUUCCCUUCUUACUCUGGGGAAUAUGGUGGUAAUGAUGGGGACUAUUUUGAUCAAUCCAGCAACCAGUUUGAAGGCCCUAUAUCAGCGAUGAAAAUAAGGUCAAAUGACAGAAAUAUCCUAAGCAUCCAAGUUCGUUAUGGUGACACAUGGUCCAAUAAUGAAGGCAGCACAACAGGGCGCCCUUCGGACAUGCACUUGUUCUUUGGAGAGGGAUUGGUGCAGGUGAAUGGCCGUUUUGGAAACGCCGUGGAAUACCUGGCCUUCCGCACCAACAUGGGCCAUGUCUUUACCUUUGGGUCGAAUUCCGGUUUGGGAAUGCCUUUCACUGCAGAGCCCUCACACCCCAACACGGUUCUGAGGUUCAUCAGUGGGAAGUCAGGAUCAAUGGUCAACGCCCUCGGUUUCCACUGGGGUGAAAAUCAGUGGAUGAAAGGGUGGAAUGAAUCCGUCCACUCUCCAGAUCCACCACCAGUGACCCAGAUAUAG